AAACAAAAUGGAGGGAGACGGCGAUUUAGUGGCGGCUGCCAUUAUGGCAAUGCAACAAACAGACUCAGAACAUGACCCAGAAUCUACGAUUCUGCAUGUCGUGGCCCAGGCUGAGUGCCCAGGGGACGGCCAAGUGGAAAACCAGAUCAUGGUGCAGUCAGACGGCGAGAUUAUCGUGCAGCAACACCCAGCCUCCGCGUUGCAGGAACUCCAACAACAAGGCGUGGAGACAGCCGGGCAGCAGCGGGUGCAAGACGGGGCAGUGGUCGGGGCCGCUGCGCCUCAGGACCCGACAACCUUGACUGUCGAGAUGCAUGAAGUCACUGGCAUGGACGUGCAGACGGUGCCAAUAACGUGUGCCAGUGAGCAGACAAAUGAUGAAGCAAUGCAGCAAGGAAUUGGAGGGAGGUUUUUACAAGAGUCCAUUGGCCCGGUAACUCCUCUGGAGGUGGUCCAGGAGGCUACAGAAGUAGACAUUCAGAGCAUUGAUGAGAAUGUCACAAAGCUGUGCAAGAAAUACCUCAGCGAUGUCAAGGAGGUUGACAAGGACUACCUGCGAGGCUUUCAUGAGGGGCCAGGUAUCAGCUUUGAGGAGUUCCUCAGCAAGUAUUUCUGUGUGACGGGGACAUCCUUUGUUGCCGUGAGCAAUAGGAGCCGGACGAUGCCUUCCACUGGCCAGCAGCGGCAGUCGCGUUACUAUGGCAACUGUGAAGGUCGUAUACGAUGGGAAGCCAAGGGGGGCACCCUGCCGAUUGAAUUCUGCGGUUCACCAUUCAAAAUCGAGAGCUCCAUGUAUCUGCACUGCCUACAUGGGCCCAAGAGGGACCUACGCACCAAGGAGCCCAAACCACCCAAAUCCGGUCGUCGAGGGCGCCCUAGGAAAACGACGAAUAAAAAGCUAGAAUGCCCAGCCUCUAUCCAGGUCCGCGAGAUCAGCAUGUACACCAACGAGUGCUACUUUGUGGACAAGAAGGAGUUCAAGAACGUCAGCAAGCUGCGCUGGGAGAAGCAGCGCAUCCUGAAGAAGAUCCGCGAAGAUGAAGGCAACGGGAAAGAGGUAACAACAGUCCGCAGGCUGUACAUCAAGCUGCCGUAUGUCCGAGUCCACUCCUCCCUUCAUCCGGUCGGUGAGAAUUCCUCCGUUAACCAAACCAUGGACUACCGGGUCUCGCAGAAGCUUAAGCAGUUAAUUGCCAACAACGUGACCAACAUCAAUGAAAUCAAGAAGUGCCUAAAGCACUAUGUGGAUGAUGUCCUCUUCAAACAUAACCCACUUGAGAAGAAGCCCAAGCCAAACAAUCGGAAAUUCUAUCCAUCCCCAGCAGACCUGCAAAGGCAAAUCGCAGCUGCGCUGUCCAACACAGUAGAGAAUGCUGAUGUCUUGGCUGAAAAGAUCAAAGAGUGGCAGGCCAAGGGCACAGGCAGGUUUAUGUACCGUCCCCAUAAGGCCGACUCGGAGCAGUCUUUCCUGUUCGUCCAUCAAGAAAAGUGGCAGCAGCGGCUGAUGGAGCGUUACGGCAGUGAUCUAGUCAUGCUGGAUGCCACCUCCAAGUCUAACACGGUGUUGACCAUGGCAACACCACUGUACAGCCUUUGCAUCCACACCAACGUCAACUUCAUUGUGGUGGCCGUGUUUGUUGUGGAGAAAGAGACAGUCGCCAACAUCAGGGAGGCUCUAGGCAUCAUCCGCACCUGGAAUCCCUGGUGGAGUCCAAGUUCUUUCAUGGUGGACAAGUGUAGCACGGAAAUCACUGCUGUCAAAGAGGUCCUGCCCAACGUGCGCAUUUACAUCAGCGACUACCACAGGAGGCAGGCUCUGGCGAGAUGGAUCGGAAGGAAGGAAUCGGGACUGGACGCAGAGCAGCAGAAGAUGGUGACAGUGCAGAUGGACAAGAUUGCCUCGGAGCAGAACCAGACACUGUACAGCAGUGCCAAGAAGGAGCUUCUCAGCAGCAAGAUGGUCACAGAGAAUGAAGAGUUCCAGGAUUACCUGCAGUCGGAGUGGUUCUCCUGCCCAGAGAUGUGGGCCCAUGCAUACCGCGACUAUGCCAUAGACAACCUCAUCAACGUCAACAAUGGUGAGGUUGCCAUGGAGCGCUUUCUUCACUUCACGAGUAUCCCCAAGUCCAGGGAGAAAGGGGUGGGUGGCAUUGUGACUCUCAUUGUUGAGUCUUACCUUCCGGACAGCUUCAACAAGUACCGGAAGAAGAACAAUGUCUGGAAGUACAGCCGAUUUCCCGCACAGGCCCAGAAUGUGCCGCCUGAUUUACGGGACCGACCGGCACAUUUUGUGCGGGAGUGCUUGCUGAGCCAGAGUGAAGCUGCCAGGUACAGCAACAUCGAUGUUCAGCUGAUAGAUGCCACACACGGGGUGUUCAACGUCAGGUCCAAGAAGGGGUUCCACAUUGCCAGCUUCCUGGGUCCCAGCUGCACAUGCAGUCACUGGAGGAAGUACCGCUUCCCCUGCAAGCAUUUCUUUGCCAUCUUCCAGCACUUUUACGAGUGGGGUUUCAAUCGGCUGCCCGACCUGUACAUCAACAGCGUUUUCCUGACCAGAGACACAGGUGUCUUUCAGGAUCCACCGGCCGACGGGGCAGGAGUCCCCCAGGACUUCCAGCCACUUGAAAUCCAAGUGACAAUCUCUGGUGCAGAGGCUUGCCCAACUGAGACAGUCACGGUAGCAACUACCUCAGAUGCAGGAGCCAGCUUUGCUGCCAGUAUGCCCAACCCCAUCCCAGUGAACUUGAUCUCGAUCCCGGACCUUGAUGAGGGCAGUAGCAGUGCUCAGGACUUUGAGCCCAAUCCUGACAAGCAGGCCAAGAUCAUGAAUAUCUUCAAGCGGGGGAUGGACCUGAUAACGGACAUCUGUGAUCCACAGCUCAUCACAGAGACUGAGGAGGUCCUGAGCCAUAUGGUGACCAAGCUGCAACGGCGGGUGACCCACGACCACUACAUGCAGAAGGCCCUACCCUCCAUCAAGAGGUUAAAACCGAACCCCCCUCCGCAGCAACCUCCUCCCCAGAUGCAGCCGGCUCAUGACCAGCAGCAGCAACAUCAAGAACAGCAACAGCAGCAGCCAGGACAAGUUUCUCUGGAGUGUGUGUCCAGCUCAUACUGGUGAAGGAGAUUCCCAUCUGCAGUCUUAUGCCCGAGUAUUGCUGCAGAUCUGGUGCAGACCAUUCAGUCUGUAUUCUGAGUCCUGAGAAAGUUUCUUGGAUAUCUCACACAUUUUCUGCUCUGUAGGGUCAUGCCCACCUGCUCUGUUGUUGUGAAGGCACUGCAUUUAUUGUAGUUAUUUGGAGCCAGGAACAUAGGGAUAAGAGGAUUUACCCACAUCUACGUCCCAAUUUCCCUUCAUAUGCAUGUGUUCUUGACAGAAGUUCUGGUUUCAGAAAAAUCAGUAUUUUGGAACAUGCCAACCACUGACGUAUGGUGUACUCACCACUAUAAAACUGUACAUAGACUCCUGGCCCUCCACCAUUGAAGUUUGGAUUGCACACUUAGAGAAAGCAUGCCAACUUUGGGUUUGUUUCAAAUCCCUGCCGUGUUUUUGUCUCAUACUGAAGUUGUAAGUUCAACUUGAAGUUAAGUUAGUUCAGCACUAAUCCAUUUUGUGCCACAUAGAGAGACAAAGCAAAGAUUUGCAAAAAGACCCAUGUUUUUCCACAAAGGAGGGUAUUGCUAUAAACAGGAAUCCUGCAUGAAUUCAACGGGGUCAGGGUAGGAAGGGCACUUGUUAAAAGAAAUGUGAUCUUUGAUGUAAUAUUUUUAUGUGUUCUGGUUGUCAAAUUUACUCCUUGUCAGUGUAAAUAGUUCAUUAUACAUGGUAGCAUGAUUCAGUGUUAAAAGAAACCCUGUCAAUUAAAUUGAAAUUCUUGCAAAGAGAA